AUGGCGUCGUUGCGCUCAUGGGGCGCGGGCGCAGCAGCAGCAGCAGGAGCAGGAGCAGGAGCAGCAUCCCCGACUCAAGACGGCGGCGGGUUCUCCUCUCCGCUCGGCGCCCGCGCCAAGCCACCCUCGCCCGCGACAGAUUUCAACUUCCACACCCCCUCGCCCUCGCACCACCGCGCACCUCCCCCCGGCGGGCUCUCAAACCAACAGCAGCAGCAGAAUGGAUAUCCCCCCAGCACUCCGCAGACUUCCCCGCUUCCGCCUCCGCCGUCUGCCUCCAUGCCUGGACUCUCCUCCCCGUUCCCCGCCUCCGCCGCCGCCGCGAGCGCAUUGGCUUCCGCAGUAAGCGGCGUUUCCGCCAGCCCGUGGGGAAGCAUGGUGGUGGGCGCGAACGGGCAGCCGCAGCGGUGGCUGGACGCAGCUGGAGUCCUGACCGAUGUGGAGGAAGCCGGGAGGUUCUUAUCGGAUCUGCUCGCUGAUGACGUGGCAGCAUCCGCACCAGGACACGUGGCAGCGUCAGGGCAUAUAGCGGCGGGCGCGGGGGCGGGGGCUGGGUCAGGGGGCGGGGCUUUGGGUUUACCGGACCUGCAGGAGGAUCUCGAGGCCGGGCGGCUGUCUGCCUUCCAGCCGUAUUCGAGCCCGCCGUUGGAGUGGCCGGCGGCAGUGGAGCAGGUGGGGUUCGAGGAGCUACCCGCGGAGCUGAUCGCGCGCUACAAUGCGGCGGGCGGCCAGGGCUCCGCGCUCUGCGGUCUCUUCCCCGCCGCGCGGCUGGCCUGGGCCACCGUCAACAACACGCUCUUCCUCUGGCGCCUGGGGAACAGGGGCGGGAAGUGUGUGCAGUUCACGUGGGAGCAGCACGCCAUCUGCGCGGUGGGGCUGGUGAAGCCACGGCCGUCCGUGUUCAUCCACGCCAUCCAGCACCUCCUCGUGCUCGCCACGCCCUUCGAGAUUCUUCUGCUCGGCCUCUGCUCCCGAGGAAGCCCCUCGAUCCUGUCCCGUGGGCCCACGUCAACAGCAGCAGCGCCAUCCCCUGGCCUGCAAGACACAUCCUUCUUCAGCACGCCUCCUCCUCCCACCUCCUCCUUAUCAGCAGCAGGAGCCGCAGCAGGAGCGGAGGGAGAAGCAGGGGCAGGCACAGGCGCAGGCGCACAGGGGCAGGGGCAGGGACAGGCGCCGUUAGACGAGAUAGUGCUGCAACCGCUGCCUGAUUACGUGGUGAGCAGCGACAACGUGGCCAUGACGUGCGUGGCAGGCACGCCGUGUGGGAGGAUCUUCCUGGGCGGCCAGGACGGCCAUGUGUACGAGCUGGUGUAUAGCUCAGGGUCGGGGUGGCAGCGCCGCUGCCGCAAGCUGUGCCUCACCAACUCGCUCACGUCCAUGAUCUCCAAGCUGGUUGUUCCCUCAGUGUUCCGUUUCUCAUCAGCCAGUCCAGUGGCAGAGCUACAGGUGGACGCAGACCGGGCCAUUCUGUACGCGCGCACACUCGACUCACGCCUGCUCGCCUUUGACCUCGGUGCGGACGGCCAGCAGCCCGCACGCAAGGUGGCCGAGACCUCCCACGUGGGCUCCCUGCGCGAGUAUUACCGCGAAGCUGGCGCUGCUGGUGCUACCGGUGGGUUCGGAGGAGGGGGGUUUUUUGGUGGUGGUGGGCAUGGGGUGGGUGGAGGAGGAGGAGGAGGAGCAGGAGGAGGAGGAGGGAGAGGGGGGGGAGGGGGUCGAGUGGUGCCUACUAAGGCGUCUGUUGUGUCGCUCGCUCCCACAUCUGUAGCCGAGUCUCGCUCCAUUCACCUUGUAGCCGUUCUAUCCGACGGCCGCCGUGUGUUCCUCUCAACGUCCCACACGCCCUCGCACUACCACCUCCCCCGCGCUCUCCCCCACCUGAUCCACUCCACUCCUUCCUCCUCCUCCUCUGCCGCGUCUCACCACACCCACAAGCAUCCGAGGCCUUCCCAGCUCAAAGUUGUUUCUGCCCGGGCUGCCCCUCCGCGAGGUCUCCCCAUCUCUGCUGCCGGAUCACCCGCCGCGGCAGCAGCAGCAGCCGCAGCAGCAGCAGCAGCAGCAAGCGUGGCAGGGUACGGGUCUCCCCCAGGCGCUGCUGGCUUUCCAGGGGCUCCUGGGUGGGGUGCAGCAGGGAGAGGCACGGGACUGGGAGGGUUCUACGAUGCGACAGGAUCAGGCCGAUAUGGUGGGGGGUUUUCAGGGUCUGGAGGAGGAGGGCUGGCAGGGAUGGGCGCGGCAGUGGGCUUGGGAGGGCUGGGCGGCUUUGGAGGGCUGACGUUUGGUGCGGAGCAGGCGCUCAUGCUGCGGGUGGAGGCUGCCGUGUGUCACGCCGGCCAGCUCUCCCUCUCUGAUGCGUCCCCGCCCCUGGGAUCCAUGGCUGCUGCUGCUGUGGCGCCUCCCACUGCCUCGCAGCUUGUUAUAUGCCUGCGGGAUCUCACCAUUCCUCCCUGGUCCCCUGGAUUGUAUGCUGCUGCUGUGCCUGGCGGUGUGUCCAUCGUGCCCCUGGAAGGCCGUGUGCUUGCAAUGGCGGAGCUCCUCCCGCCUCUCCUCCUCACUGCCGCCUUUGACGUCGCCUCAGCUCCUGUCCUGGGCGCUCUUCCCUCUGCUGCUCUCAUUGCUUCCUUCCCCGGUGCCCUCACCGCCUCUGCUGCUGCUGCUGCCAACGGCUUUUUGCCUCCUGAUUCCCCGUUUUCGGGGGCAGCAGGGGCGGGAGCGGGCGCAGGAGGAGAAGGAGAGGGAGGGACGUUGGGCUGGUUGCUCUCCGGAUCGCCAGAGAGAGCGCAAGGAGGGGGAGGGGGAGGGGGAGGGGGCGGAGGGUGGGGAGGGUGGUUUGGAACGCCUGGGAAGGGAGGAGCAGGAAAAGGGGGGGCUGCAGGGGACGGAAGCAGCAUGGGGGGCUUUCGGCUGAAGGAAGGAGGGGGGGAGGAGGAGCAGUUGGCACGGGCGCGGCGGCUGUGGGCGCGGGGAAUCUUAGCUACUCAGCACAUGCUACCCCGGCGGUCAAUUGUAGUGCUGACAACGGUUGGGCUGGUGAAUUUCGCAGUGAACCGCCCUGUGGAUGUGCUCCGGCGCCUGCUGGAGCGGAACGCGCCGCGAGCAGCGGUGGAGAGCUUUUUCGUGCGGUACGGCAGCGCGGAGGCUGCGGCCAUGUGCCUGCUGCUAGCGGCGGGGAUCAGCCCGUGGAAGGAAGGCGCAGUGGCAGGGGAUGGGGAGGAGAACGCUGGGAGAGACAUGAUGGAUGGGGAGGAUGGUGGCAGUGGUGCUGGUCGUGCCAUUGCUGCUGCGGCUGCUGGUGGUCACGCAGCAGGCGGUGCUGCUGCAGGGGCGUCUGGUGGUGGUGGUGCCAGUGGUGCUGCAUCUGCCGGCGUCUACUGCAGCCUACCAUCGGAGGUGCUACAGCUGUACGAGGCCAAGACGCGUCUGCUGGAGGCCUUUCUGCGCUCGCGCAGGGACCACCGCCGCGGCCUCUACGCGCAGGUGGGAUCUGGGGGAGGGUGGAUGUCUGAAGCAAUGGACGCGGAGGGGGCGUUUUCCAAGAGGCAGAGGCUGGCUCCCACUGCCGCCCAGCUCGCCGCCCACGAGGUGCGCGCCACAGAGGGUCUGCGGCGGCUGCUGCGGCGCACGGCGGAGGCGCUGAGGCUGCUGCACGUGCUGUCGCAGCACCACGUGAUGCGCCUUGUGCAGUCGCUGCACCCCUCGUGGCACGCGCUGCUCGCGUCCCUCACCCUGCACCAGCUCGUCUGCUCGCCUGCUGGCGACUCUGCUGCCUCCCAGCUCAUCGCCGCUCUUCUGCAGUACUACACUACCCCGAGUGCUCGCGGGUCCAUGGAGGACAUGUGUGCGCGGCUGCGCACGGACUGCCCGUCCUUCUUCUCGGACGCGGACCAGACCUUCUUUGCUGCAGUUCAAUGCCUUGAGUCCGCACGCCAGGCCGCUGCUGCCGGUGAUGCCGCCACGCGCACGCGCCUGGCCAGGGAGGCCAUGGCGCUGCUCGCGCGCGUUCCCGAGACCGCUGACCUGCUGUCAGUGUGCCAGCGCUUUGAAGACAUCGGGUUCUACCAAGCGGUGGUGGAUCUGCCUCUGCGCAAGGCACGGGCGCUGGACCCCAACAACGACGCCACCAAUGCCCGACUCGACCCUGCUGUGCGAGCAGCUGCCAUGCAGGCGCGGCAGCAAUGCUACGACGUGGUGGUGGCAGCAGUGCGCACGCUCAGUGGCCAGACUACUGGCGCCGGCGUGGCAGCCCGCCCUCAGUUUGGCGUGCCACGCCCGCUGGGAGCGGCGGCGCUGACGGAGGAGGAGAGGGAGCAGCAGCUGGUGGCGGUGGUGCGGCAGGCAGUGGCGUGGGACGAUGCGCUCUUCCACCGCCGCCUCUACGCCGCACUCAUAUCGCUGGGGCUCGACUCGCUGCUCAUCUCCCUCUCCGCUCCUGACGUGGAGGACUUCCUCAGGACGGCUGGCUCUGACGUGGAGCCCCCUGACGAGCAGCUGCAUGUGCGGUACCUGUCGGUGCUAGCGCGGUACUACAUAGAGCGGCGGCAGCAUGAGCUGGCAGCGCAUGUGCUGCUGCGCCUUGCAGAGCGCCAGCAGGUGGACGGCGCGCAGCCUGGCCACCCAGGCUUCCUUUCCCUUGAGGAACGAUGCAACCUCCUGAGUGCAGCAGUGCUGCAAGCAGCAGCCAUCAGCAGCAGCGGGGCCACGGGAGCAGCAGGAGGGGGUGCAGGCGCAAGGGGCAUGGGGGGGCGUGCAGCAGCAGGGGGCGGAGGCGAGAAGGAGGUGGCACGGCUGCAGACUGUACUCAAGGACAAGCUGGCAGUGCUGCAGUUCCAGAUCCGCAUUCGCGACCACCUGCUCGCUGUCGCCACUAGGUUUGACGGCCAACCUUCACCACAGCACGAUGCAGCAGCAUCAGCAGCCGCAGCUACAGCAGGGGGUGCGGGUGCGAUGGAAGAAGGGGGAGAAGGGGCAGCAGGUGCAGGCGGAGGAAAUGGGGCGGGGGAGAUGGAGGUGAGGCGGCGAGCGGAGGUGGCAGCUGCGGAGCUGCAGAGGGAAGUGCGGAGCAUAACGGACCUGUACAACGACUAUGCCGUGCCGUUCCAGCUCUGGGAGGUCUGCCUGGAGAUUCUCCGCUUCUCCAGCUAUGCAAGCGACGGCAGCAACGGCGUGGAGCGGGCCAUGUGGCGCAAUCUCAUUGAGCAGGGUCUGCAGCAGGGUGGCAUUGCAGAGGCGUGCGAGCGGGUGCAGAGGGUUGGCUCCUCGCUCUCCAUGCGCGGUGGUGCUGGUGGCGCUGCUGCUGCUGGUGCCGGUGGCGGUGGCGGUGGUUCUGGGGGCAGUGGGGGCAGUCUGCCUCUCGAGUUUCUCUGCCUGCUGCUGGAGCAAGCAGCUCAGGACCUGGAGGCGAGAGGCGAGUCCUCCCACGACGAGAUCCCCCGCGCUCUCAUCUCCGCCUGCGGCGGCGCAUAUGAGCCCGUGGCAGCAGCAUACUCACAGCUUCUUUCGCGCGCUGCCGGCCCACUCUGCCAGCCAUCCCUCCGCCUGCGCCUGCUGCUCUCCGUCCUCGCUGUUCUCAAGCAGUGGGCUGCUGCACUUGUCGAUGCGGAUGGGGGCCUGGGUGGGGAUGGAGGCGCGCGGGGGAAAGUGGAAGGCGUGGACGGGAGUGAGUUCAUGGCUAUGGAUGGGCCGCGCAUGGGCGAUGGGAUGAGCGCACGCGCCUCCAGAGCUGUGCUUGUCAGCGCUUGCAGCCGGUACAUGGGGGAGGUGCGGCGGCUACCACUGCCCCAGGACACAGCAGAGCAGCUUAUAGCAGAGUUGCGCCAGGUGGAGGCAGCCGUGCAGCGCCCCCUGCCCUUCUUCGGCUGA